AUGGCCAUGGCAGGUACCCCUUUAGGCAGGCUCGCUUUAAAUGCUGCUUUUUUAAGAGGUGUUGCUAAUAAUCCGGGCGGUCUUGCUAAUAAAGGUAAAGGUUUUAGAAGUAGUCUCGAUAGUCUUGCAGGUUUUGCUUUUGCUCUUAAGACCUUCAAUUUAAAUGUAGCCUUUAUUAGAUUAAAUAGUCUUAUAGUAGCGAACCGUGCUCCGAUGAUACGAAGCGCUUCGAGUAUAUCACCUUUUCCUCUUGCGCUUGCGCUUACGCUAGCCGCCUUUAUCGCUCUCGUCGCUCCCGUAGCCUUCGCAGCUCUCGUCGCUCUCGCAAUACUUAUUAUCGUCGCUUCUUUUGCGCUAGCUAUUGCUUUUGCCGCUUUCGCGGCGGCGCCCGCCGUCGCUAUAACUCUUACGAAGCGCCGAGCUAAAGUAAAGAGAUUGCUAAGAGCUUUAAUUAAUCUUUUAUUAUAA